AUGAACGGCAUUAAGCCAGAGGUCAAGGAAGAGCCUGGCGUCGGCUUCAUGGACGAUGACUUCUACGAGGAUACGGGCGAGAUGUCUAUCAACAAGGAUAACCCACAGCAAGACGUCUGGCUCACGCGCAUUCCAGACUGGCUCUACGAGGCAGUCUCUAAGUGGGAAGACAUUGCCGACGGCAACGACAACGACCAGAUUCAGAUCGGAGAAGUCUGCGCUUUCGCGACAACGAGCGGCAUCGAUAAGGACAAGCCUAUGCGCGUCUUCCUCAACGACCGUUGGCGCGCAAAGUCCAACCUUCCCUCAGCCUUCCAGUUGGACCCUGCAGCCGCCUCCGAUGUUCAGCUAGGCAACACAUACGUGUUCACAGAGAAAGAUUUGCCAGGAUUCAAGGGACAACAAGGCUACGGUUAUGGCAGAGGCCAACAGGGAAGCUUUGGUGGUGUACAAGAUCCGAAUGCGCGUGUUCAGAAACGGAGCAAAUACAAGAAGGCAAUUCCCAAGCAGACUGCGCUCGUCGGUCACGCGACACGGCAAUACAACGCGAAUCCCCUCGAGACCAAGGAAUUCAAGGACUUCAGCGCCGCGCGCAUCAAGCAAGCCAUUCAAGGCUCCCACACAACCACCAUCAUCACAAAAGACACCGAAGUCUCAGACGUCAACAACUCCAUUACACUCAACAACCGCUUCAAGAACUUCAUCAAGCCUACGACCAAGGCAAAAUCGCAACAGAACAAGGCUGCUCGUAUGGCUCGUUCCGAUCUUAUCGAUGUACUUCACCAGUUGUUCGACGAGUACCAGUACUGGCCUAUGAAGGCCAUCAAGCAACGGACCAAGCAGCCGGAGCAGUACCUCAAGGAAGUUCUUGGCGACAUUGCGCUCCUCGUCAAAUCUGGGCCGUUUGCAAGCAACUGGAAGCGCCAGGCUGUAUUUGACAACCAGCGAGACACUAGUAAACAAGCAGAGGCAGCUGCACCUGAGGGCCCGGGUGAUGGAGAUACCGAGGGAGAGGAUGAGAUGGAGGACGUAGUUUAG